ACCCGCCGCCCCCGCCGUGCCUCGGGCAGCCGGAGCGAGCGGCAACUCCCGGGCUGGCGCGACUCGCCUUUCCGGCUCCUUCCGCGCGGCGAGCUCAGCCCCGCUCGAUUUUUCCUUCUCUUUUCCAGCCCUCUCUUCUCUGGGCGGCGGCAGGGGGAUGGGGACCCCACGCGGGGAAGGGGGUGAAGAUCGAUGAAGAUUAUUGUUCUUUUUAAGGAUGCCUUAGCUUCCUCCCGCCGCCUCUCCUUUGAGCCUUGCUACUAGAGACUGUGAGCCAGAGUCAGGGAUGUAAAGAGAGGGGGAAAACCGCCAGGAGCUCCAGCCAGCCGGGGAGACCCUCCUCUCUGUGGAGGGGAGGGGGAUUUCCAGCGACAGAUCAUUGGCGAAGGGGACCGUCGCAGGGAGAGGAGCCCCGGAGGGAGCGGGGAAUCCCACAGCCCUUUGUGGCGCCCGAGCCCUUGCCGCCUGCUGAGAGGGGUCUGUGGGAGCUAGCUGUUGGUGGAACAUGCCCGCCCCCAAGGGAUGUUGCUUCCGCUGACCUCGUACUUGUAAGGACCCUGCUGGCUCUGUGGCUCUGUCCAGUUCAACAUGGCAGAAAAGGCACCCCCUGGCUUAAACAGGAAGACUUCAAGGUCGACACUUUCUCUUCCUCCAGAACCUGUGGACAUUAUCCGGAGCAAAACGUGCUCAAGGAGAGUGAAGAUCAACGUGGGGGGCCUCAACCACGAAGUCCUGUGGAGGACGUUGGACAGGCUGCCCAGGACGCGUUUGGGCAAGCUCCGCGACUGCAACACGCACGAGAGCCUCCUGGAGGUGUGCGAUGACUAUAACCUGAAUGAGAACGAAUAUUUCUUUGAUCGACAUCCUGGAGCUUUCACCUCUAUUUUAAAUUUCUACCGGACAGGGAAGUUGCACAUGAUGGAAGAAAUGUGCGCGCUCUCCUUUGGCCAAGAGCUUGAUUAUUGGGGGAUCGACGAGAUCUACUUGGAGUCCUGCUGCCAAGCCAGGUAUCAUCAAAAGAAAGAACAGAUGAACGAAGAACUGAGGCGAGAGGCAGAAACCAUGCGCGAGCGAGAGGGAGAAGAAUUUGAUAAUACCUGCUGUCCUGAGAAAAGGAAGAAACUUUGGGACUUGCUGGAGAAGCCCAACUCAUCAGUGGCCGCAAAGAUCUUGGCCAUCGUGUCUAUCCUGUUUAUCGUACUUUCCACCAUUGCUUUGUCUCUCAACACACUUCCAGAGCUGCAGGAAAAUGAUGAAUUUGGACAACCCACCGACAACCGCAAGUUGGCACACGUGGAGGCUGUGUGUAUUGCUUGGUUUACCAUGGAGUACCUUUUACGGUUCCUAUCCUCACCAAAUAAAUGGAAGUUCUUUAAAGGCCCACUGAAUGUCAUUGACUUGCUGGCUAUCUUACCAUACUAUGUCACCAUUUUCCUCACAGAGUCCAACAAGAGUGUGCUGCAGUUCCAAAACGUGAGGCGUGUGGUCCAGAUCUUCCGAAUCAUGCGCAUCCUUCGGAUCCUGAAACUCGCCAGACAUUCAACGGGCCUGCAGUCUCUGGGGUUCACCCUCAGACGGAGUUACAAUGAGCUGGGCUUGUUGAUAUUAUUUCUGGCCAUGGGGAUAAUGAUAUUUUCCAGCUUGGUAUUUUUCGCUGAGAAGGAUGAAGAUGCUACCAAGUUCACCAGUAUUCCUGCAUCAUUUUGGUGGGCCACCAUCACCAUGACCACCGUGGGCUACGGUGACAUUUACCCUAAAACAUUACUAGGGAAAAUUGUGGGAGGCCUCUGCUGUAUUGCUGGGGUUCUGGUCAUUGCCCUUCCCAUCCCAAUCAUUGUGAACAAUUUUUCUGAGUUUUAUAAAGAGCAGAAACGUCAGGAGAAGGCCAUUAAAAGGAGAGAGGCUCUUGAGCGGGCCAAAAGGAAUGGAAGCAUUGUUUCUAUGAACUUAAAAGAUGCCUUCGCUCGAAGUAUGGAACUGAUAGACGUGGCUGUUGAGAAGGCUGGAGAGUCGGCCAAUACAAAGGACUCGGCUGAUGAUAAUCACCUGUCCCCAAGCCGGUGGAAGUGGGCCAGGAAGGCUCUGUCAGAAACAAGCUCCAACAAAUCUUAUGAGAAUAAGUACCAGGAGGUUAGCCAAAAAGACUCCCACGAGCAGCUGAACAACACUUCUUCCUCCAGCCCACAGCAUCUGAGUGCCCAGAAACUGGAGAUGCUGUAUAAUGAAAUCACCAAGACACAGCCUCAUUCUCACCCGAACCCAGACUGCCAGGAACAGCCUGAGAGGCCAUCUGGGUAUGAAGAAGAGAUAGAAAUGGAAGAAGUGGUCUACCCACAGGAGCAGCUGGCCGUGGCGCAGACCGAGGUCAUUGUGGACAUGAAGAGCACCUCCAGCAUCGACAGCUUCACCAGCUGUGCCACUGACUUCACAGAGACAGAGAGAUCACCCCUGCCACCACCCUCUGCAUCUCACUUGCAGAUGAAGUUCCCCACUGACCUCCCAGGGAUAGAUGAGCACCAAAGAGCCCGAGGCCCCCCAUUUCUAACACUCAGCAGAGAGAAAGGGCGUGAUGCCAGGGAUGCCACCCUGGAAUAUGCCCCAAUCGAUAUAACUGUGAACCUUGAUGCCAGUGGUGCCCAGUGUGGGCUACAUGGUCCUGUGCUGUCCGACAGUGCCACUGACAGCCCUAAGAGCUCGCUGAAAGGGAGCAACCCAUUAAAGUCCAGAUCCCUCAAAGUGAACUUUCAGGAAAACAGAGGCAGUGCUCCCCAGACUCCACCCAGCACAGCCAGGCCACUGCCGGUAACCACAGCUGACUUUUCUCUUACCACCCCGCAGCACAUCAGUACCAUCCUCCUGGAAGAAACCCUCCCCCAGGGAGACAGACCCUUGCUGGGUGCUGAUGUUUCAGCGCACUGUCAGGGACCUUCCAAAGGGCUGUCCCCUCGGUUUCCCAAACAGAAACUAUUUGCUUUCUCUUCGAGGGAGAGGAGAAGCUUCACUGAAAUAGAUACUGGAGAAGACGAAGACUUCUUGGAGCUCCAAGGGGCCAGGCCGGACAUGCAAGCGGUCUCUAGCCCCAACUGCUUUGCAGAUAAGCCUAGUGAUGGGAGAGACCCUUUGAGAGAAGAGGGCUGUGUGGGCUCUUCCUCCCCUCAGAACACGAGUCACAACUGUAGGCAAGACAUUUGUCACGCUGUGGGUGAAGUCAAAAAGGAGAGUAGUCAGGAAGGGUGCAAGAUGGAAAACCACUUGUUUGCCCCAGAAAUUCAUUCCAACCCAGGCGACACAGGUUAUUGUCCCACACGUGAAACCAGCAUGUGACUAGUUACAAAAGCAAUAAUUUAAAAAAAAAAAAACUUGUUUCUUAAAACACGGUUAAUAAUGCCUGUGAACUAAAUCAUGGGAAGCCCCUAUCCCCCCCCCAAAAAAAAGUGCAUAAAAUGUUAUUUUUUGCAUGGCAUGAACAGUUUAGUUUAAGUACUGUUUAAAUAAAGAGUCAAGACUGCAUUUUGUAACAAACAAAAACAACUGAAGAACAGUAAACCAAUAAAGAGAGCUCUGUUAGGAACCAGUUCCUCUGCAAUGUCUGACAUUUUUGAUCCUUUCAUUUCAAAUUGUAGGCAGAUUUUCAAGUUUUAACUUUUAUGUUACAAUGAAUUUUAGAAUUUGCACAUGAAAGGAUGAAAUGUCACUGCAUGCAUUCAUAAUUAUGAAGAAUAAGGUGCUUUGAGCUUGCAAAAAUGCAUAACGUUGUAAAUAACGGGGCCUGGAUGCAGAAGUGUCAAGAACAUGUGGAAACAAGUCUUUGAGACGCAGGUAUUUCCUUCACAGCUACUGCCUGGAGGAGCUAUACAGACUUUGGUUGCAAAACUGCAACCUCUUCUUAAACCAUCUCUCAUAUCUUGCUUUGGGUUAUAAAGCUCUUAUAAGAACAUUCAUUUAAAGGAAUACAGUAUUUUUAUUUAUUUGUGCUAUAAUCCAUAGGGUAUGUUUUUCUUUUUUGCUUUUGCUUAGUUGUAGCAUUUGUGAUUUUAUUUAUAAAUCAUGGAAAUCAGCAAGAUUUAAUGACCAGGUAUAACAAUAUUUGGAAUGGAAGCUUGAAAUUUUGCGAAUAGGUUAUGCAUCAUGCCAUAGCCUAUUAGAGAAAUGCAUUUUUUUUAAAUCCUGAAAAAUACAUAAAGGGUUAUAUCAUACAACAAAACUUUUUUUAAAAAUUGGCAUUCCGUAUUUGGAAACUGGAUUUUUUAAAAAAACUAUUUUGUCCAUCUCAACCUGACUACAUUUUUCUCUUAUAUUCAAUAUAAACUUUUCAAACUAAAGAUCUAUAAAUAAUAAUGUAGAGAUGCCAAAAUGGAAAUUCCAGAAAAUGACUUUUGAAAAACUAAAAGCAGAGCCAUUUAAACAAGACUGCCACCCAUUACAGAGAGAAAGUUUGUUUCAACAUGAGUUACAAAGGAAAGAGCCCAAGCCUAGAAAUGGGUCACUGAGUGUUUCUCUGUAAUGGUUUGGGAAGUUUUUCUCUUUUGCAGGAUAGGAAUUCUGCCCAAGCCACAGAUGGCAGCAACCCCUUCAGUAACUACUUUCAUCAGAAACUCCUUCAGCAACUACCUUCAUCAGGUUUCCAGAUCCAUCUCCUUGGGAGUGGUAACCUUGAUGAAAACCACUUCCAGCAUUUUCUACCGAGAAUGGUGAAAUCCAGAGGCACUAAGGCACAGGCAGGCUGUUCCCUGUUGGGAACGUCUGUCCUGGAGCCCGGUCAUUCCAAUCUACCUUACUUCACAGGAAUCGAGGCUCUGAUCACAGAUGUGCAGUGACCAGAUGUGCGAUCCUGUAUAAACCUCCAUAAUCUCUUUGGGUCUCAGUCUUGCCCAAAUGAAAACCAAGAAAAAAAAUGAUGUCAAACUCCCUUAAAACUUCAAAUGAAUUAUUCCUUUGUCUCCCAUGAAUGUCCAGGUUUUGCUUCAGCAAAAUACAUUUUGCACCUGUGGGUAUAAAUUUCAGGGAAAUAGGAAAAUGAUGAGCCAAAUUAAAAGCACAGCUUAUUGUGUAAAGGGGGGGAAAAAGCAUUCUAUAUUUUAUUCUAGUUGUUAAAGAAAGAAAAAACUUAGGGAGAAAAAAAAGAGCCCAAAUAUUAAAACCUAGCUUCAGGCUUUAACAUUUCUUUAUUAACAAAAUCUGGUCAUUAAAUCUCAGAUAAGAAAACAAGCUUUGAUCUUUAGUUGAAAUCUAAGCAGCCCUGCUGCUAAAAAUAAUUAUUUAAAACAUUUUGUUUUCACUGUACUUUGAAUUUCUGUUUCUUAUGUUUCAAAACAUAACCUGUAAGAGUUUAUGGUCAUUAUCAUUGAUAUUUACAUUACUCAUACUUAUUUCAGUGUCUAAAACUAAACAUUGAUCAUUUUUUGUAAAGCUAGAGUGUUUGAAUUUUCUAUAUAUAGUUUUUCAAAGUCAAACAGUUUUAUUGGCUAUUAGAUGAAUAGCAAGUAAGUUAUGAAAAUCAUUUUAUUUAUAUAGCCUCAUGAAGCAGUUAUUGUCUGAUGUCUGUUACUGAUAUAUCUCAAUUUUUUAAAUUAAUUUCACUGCACAGUGGACUUAUCUUGUAGUCCUGACAAUUGACUAAGUUCUCACUAUUCAUGUGUCUGCUCCAGAAUUCCUAACAUCAGUAGCCUUGCCUAGUCGAGGACAAGGCUCAUGGAAGUGUUUUCCCUAAAAACUCUUGUCCCUUCAAUCUAAGUGGAGGAAGUGUCUUUGUUUCCUUUUCAUUGGUUUAAGUUUUAAAGAAUUUUCUAAAAUAUCCCAUGGAAAGUUUAUCCUUCAAUUCAUCCUAGUUCCUCUGGGCCAAUAGUCUUUCUUUAGGAAAAAUAGAAAAUUUUCCUCUUUAAAAAAUCUUUGAAUUUGGUAUUCCACAGGGAGACAGUUUGGUGACAGAGGGUUCCCAAGAUGCAUCUGUGCAGUGCUUUCUAAACCUCUUCCAUGAACUGCACCUAACUCAGAGAAUGAACAUGUAUGCCUGGAAAGAUCUGGAAAUAUGCCUACCAGACAAGAGUUCUUUCAAAGUCUUUUAAGUUUUACAUUAAAAUUCAUGUAAAUGCUGCA